CUCUCCACGGAUGUGUACAGGCAAUGCUUGUUUGGGGUUAUGAGUGCAUCCCUAUAUUGGCUGAGAGAGCAGGGAAAAUACGCCCCGAUGUAGAAGACUCGGUUGUUCCUCUUCUUAGGUGGACUUCAUCACGGUGUCGUUAUGUUUUCGAGACUCUUUUGGAGAUGGAUAAGAGUGAAACCGAGGAUCACAAGGUUCGGGUUAGACAUCUACUGGUGGUGAAGCCCUUGGAGGAAAUAUAUCCUGUCUGGGAAGGUGAACCCCGACGUGUAGACGUCGAUAUAAAGGUGCAUAACAUGAUAUGCGAUAUUCUGGAUGGAAGCUUGGAUGAGGGGUUCUGGGAAUCUCCCAAAACCGUAGGUGGCGAUGCAACAGGUGGCGCUUCAACAGUUCAGACGCCGAAACAGUCGAAGACGAAGUUGGAAACUCCACGCGUGGAGAAGAAAAAGAAAGAGAAGGUGAAAGAGGCUGAAGCAACGGAUUCAACUCCGAGAAGCAAAAGGAGAAGGGAAAGAGAGGCAAGGAAAGAAGAGAAGGAGAAAAAGAAACGUAAGAAGGAGGAUGAGGAAGAAGAUGAUGAUUUUAACUCGCCGGUGAAGCUACUAAAGGAUGCAAUUGAAGAAAAGAGAAAGGAGAAAAGGGAAAGAAAGGAAAGAAAAGAAAGAAAGGAGAAGGAAAGAGAGAAGGAAAGAGAGGAGCAGGAGAGAGAGAAGCAAAGAGAGAACGAGAGCAAGAAGAAAGAGCCCGCUGUGGAGAAGGAGGAUAGGACGAAUGAGAUCCUCAUGGCAAUCAAUGGUUUAUCAACGACGGUAGCAUUGCUAAACAACAAUGUCAGCAGUGCUGUAAUUCGUAUAGACCACCUGGAUAAGAGGAUUGCCGUUAUCGAGGAUAAACAUGAGGAGAAAGAGGAGGCCAUGGCGAAUUCUGGGAACAAUGUUGACAACGACCAUGGUAACAAUGAUAAUAAUUCCGGUGAUGCAGAAUCCAAAACCUCACCGAAAACCCCUAGAGCAAAGGCAUCUCCUCCAGCAGCAGCGCCAGUAGCAGGAACGUCAACGGGAGGUGGAGCAGGAACGGAACGGGGAGCUGUGGAAUAA